AUGGAAUUUGAAGAGGUCAACAAUCUCAUCAAGGUCGGCCAUGUCCAUCCUGGGUCGUUGCCAAGUUCAUCGUUACCAUGGCAUCCUGCAUUUGGCGCGGUACCCCACACAGCAACACCAGGUACUGCUGGAAACUAUCAUUAUACCACAACAACAACGACCCGCUCCAACUCAGACGUCACCAACAAUGGCAGCAGUAAAAGACCGCAUCAUCAUUAUCAUUAUCAUCGACGACAUGGGUCACGACGACAAAAACCCAUCUUGGGAGUGACGCGACUGGUCAAUAGCGUACGUCGAUUCAAAAAACCAAAGGAGGAGGAGGAACCUUGGCAUAUUACCGUGUCACCAAUGGGUACUCCAUCGACAAGAUCGAUUAAUAGCAGCACCAACAACAACAAUGCAAUCAGCACAUCCUCAUCUUUUCAUCCUUUAACCAGCCUACAAGAGAUCAAGUGCCAAAUGCAAAACUUUGUUGUUCCCGCUGAUUGGCAUCAUACAUCUAUCAACCAUACAACUAAUGAUACAACGGGUUGUCAACCACUACUGACUGGAUCAGGGUUAAUCAACCAUCUCAAGAACAGCAUUGCACGAUUCGAAUACCUUAUACAUAUAGAACGACAGCGUAUUACGACUUGCCAGGGUGAUAUCAUCAACUACAUUGAUAAGCUCAAACAAUUGGACAAUGAUACGCAUCAAAUUGAUACCCGCAUUACACUUGAACGAUUAGAACGCACGAGUGCCAUGUAUGAAACCUUACGAUCAGCCAACAAUCGGAUACCAAGGUUGGAACAUUUACGAGAUCGUCAAAAGAGGACCGCUUCCAAGGUAGAAGGUUACAUCAGGAGUGGGAAUCUGGAUAAACGGCUACGUAUGCUUGAGAUGCAGACACGGACCACUCGCCUCGAAGCUAUUUGGGCAAGAUUACGACAAUGGGGCCCUACCAUGACCCUUAUUUCCUUAGCCAUGUUCAUUAUCCUCCUCAUCCUCGUGUCUAGUUAG